AUGGCCGGUCAAUUGGCCCCGUGUUUGACCGUCCAUCAUGAGGAGACCGAAGAGACCGACCACUUCCCCGUCGCCAGUUUUGUCCGCUACAAACGCUCCAGGCGACAUGGAUUGCACCUGGUCCACCCCCCUUGGUACCGCAACAGCCUGCUGGCCAGCACCGGUUACCUAGAGUUUGCCAAUGCGGGAGAUUUCGCCGCCAACGUCUGGAACCAGAUCCCGGUGCCCCGACACGCCAUGAUCCUCAUGGCUAUCGGAGGCCCCCUGGCCCUGAUGAUGGCCGCAGUAGCCGUCCGCGAUGGCUUUCUCAGUUGGCAGAACGUGCGGGUCCUACGUUCCGAACGCCAGUACCUGAAAUCCCUGCGCCAUCACUGCCUCACCGCGUCGUCGGCUUCGACGGUCGACACCGAUCUUGUUAAUCUCAUCGACAUCCGCCUUGGCGUCGGGUUCCGCGAACUCGGCACCGAAUUCAUCGACCGGAUUGCCAUGGAUAUUCUUCUGGGCAUCGGCGCCCUGCUGGUCGGGACGGGCGCCCUCAUGGCCAUCUGGGGUGCCAACCCGCGCGUCUUCCAUGCGAGUAACUUACUAUCUGGGUUCGUGGGAAACGCCUUUGCUGCGGCCUUUGGCCUCGUCAACGCCGUCUGGUCCGCGUACCUGGUCUGGCGAUUCCAACGUCAUAUCGUCGCCGUGAUGGAGUCCCCUAACGUGGCGACGUUUCGCGAUCGGUUAAAACUCCGCUUCCGCCGGUUCCAAUGGCACGCUGUCAUCUCCGGCUCGACAGGUCUCGUCGCCGGCGCCGCGUCCAUGGUCACGGCUCGCAUGUGGUGGGGAUACGUGGUGUUGAUCCCCUGCAUGGUGCUCCAGGUGGCGUGUAAUCGGUUCUGGCGGAUCCAGCUAGGCUACGACCGGCCGCUGGCCUCGCCGGCGAAUCACACUCUGCUGCAGCCCGCGUCCAGCAAGGAGAGUAGCGAUACGGGAGACGACGAGAAACAUGCCCUCCUCCUCGAGAGCCUGGCCAGUACCAUCGCGCUUUACAACGCCCUGGAACCCCUCCCGUCGCCGGACCUCGACUGCACCUCGCUCGACACCCUCCUUCAAUUCAUCGUCAACAACGACCUCUUCGACUCCCUGUGUGCCUGGCUCGCGCACGAUAAAUCCGUCCCGGCCUCUUUGCACGAGACCAUCUUCCGCUCGUCGCCAGAGCACAACGAGAUCUCACUGGCGCCGUGUCAUCUGCUGCGUGUGUCGGCAGCCGAGCAGUCGACUCUGCGGGAUCUUUGUCGCAUGUUCCUAGAAGGCGAGGGUCGUAAGGUUUUGCUGUCGCGAGAGCGCUAUCUCCUGGAGAUGGUGGGAUAUACGACAUUGCGAGAUGCGGAAGGGGUUUCUUUUUCCUUGUCUCCGCCGCCAAAACCGUUGUAA